UUUAUAAAAUCUUUCCCCACUUUUCCCCUUCAAUUUCUCCUUCUCCUACAUCUCUAUCUUUUGUCUCUCUCUCUCAUCUCUCUUUCUCCCAUCUCUAACAACAAUGGAGGACUCAAACCACCUUCUCGAACUCGACGAAAUCUCCGCCAAUGGCGUCAGCACCAACCACGGCUGGCAAAAGGUUACUUACGCCAAGCGCCGAAAGAACCAGCAAAAGAACCAGCAGCAAAAGCCAAGCACCACCGUCACCACCGACAAAGAGGGCAACGUUUUCCGCGCGAUCGAGCAGCAGUCCGAAGAUCGCCAUCGUCGAAUUGUUGAGGCGCAGAGGAAAUCUGCUGCUUUCGAUGAUGACGAUAAUACUGCUAAGAACAGAUCGAAGAAGCGCGAUGAUUCCGAUGAUAGUGAAUUUGACGAUAAUGAGAGAGAAAAUAUUGACGUCAAUGCUAAAGAUGAUGUUGUUGAGAAGAAAAAGAAGAAGAAGGCUGAUAAAAAACCUAAGGUGUCUGUUUCUGAAGCUGCUGCCAAGAUCGAUGCCGCCGAUUUGGCUGCAUUCCUAGUAGAUAUAUCGGGUACGUAUGAAUCACAGGAAGAUAUACAAUUGAUGCGAUUUGCAGAUUUCUUCGCCCGGGCUUUUUCCGGGGUGAGUUCUGCCCAGUUUCCGUGGGUAAAGACGUUCAGAGAAUCUCCAGUUGCGAAACUUGCUGAGAUUCCGAUCUCCCAUAUUCCAGAUGCUGUUUAUAGGACAUCAGUUGACUGGAUCAACAAGCGUUCAGUGGCAGCCCUUAGUUCACUUGUAAUAUUGUUACUAGAUACUAUCCUUGCAGAUUUAAACAACCAACAUCCUAAUGCGAAGAACGCUAAAAAGGCAAGUCAGCAGCCAUCAUCAAAAUCUCAGGUUGCUGUAUUUGUGGUUUUGGCCAUGGUUUUGAGGCGUAAACCAGACGUGCUUGUGAGUUUGUUGCCUACGUUAAGGGAGAAUUCUAAGUAUCAAGGACAAGAGAAGAUUUCAGUCAAUAUAUGGAUGAUAUCCCAGGCCUGUCAAGGAGAUUUGGCUGUGGGCUUGUUUUCUUGGGCCCAUAACCUCUUGCCAAUGCUCAACAGCAAAUCCACAAACAAUCCACUUUGUAGAGAUCUGAUUUUGCAGUCAAUUGAAAGAAUAUUAGCAGCCCCGAAGGCUCGCUCUAUUUUGGUUAAUGGAGCUGUCAGGAAAGGAGAGCGUCUAAUCCCUCCAGCUCAGUUGGAGAUCCUGAUGCGGGCGACUUUCCCUGUUUCUUCUGCGAGGAUAAAGGCAACCGAGAGAUUUGAGGCUGUAUAUCAGAUCCUGAAGGAAGUUGCUCUUGCUGGCGUACCUGGAAGCAAAGCAAUGAAACAAAUUUCACAGCAGAUAUUUGAAUUUGCAAUUCUGGCAGCUGGAGAAGACAAGCCUGAGCUGGCUAGAGAAGCCAUUGACACUGUAAUUUGGUGCUUGGCUCAAAACAGUGACAUCUAUAAGCAAUGGGACAAAGUGUACCUGGAUAAUCUGGAGGCAAGUGCUGCCGUUUUGAAAAAGCUUUCUGAGCAGAGGAGAGAACAGCAUAUCAAUCAGUCAUCUCUUGAGGUCGUGAAGCAGACUAUGAAAAGUUUUCAGUUGAAGAAUGAAAAAGCAUUGGCUGGAGAGAGUUCUGGACAAGGAGCUGUCCUCAAGGAUGCUGACAAGUACUGCAAAGUGAUUUUGGGAAGAUUAUCACGUAGCCAUGGCUGUUUGAAAGCCAUGGUUUUCAUUGCUGUUGCAAUGGGUGUAGGUGCUGCUGUUAUGUCUUCUAAUGGAGAGUCACUUGAUUGGAAGAGGGUGUCUGUGAUGCUUAGCUCCUUCCAAACUUUGUAAAUUAAGAACGUUCAGUUGGCAGCGCUGCCACUUCUGUGUUCAUUUGGUUCGAAUUAUACUUGAGAGGAUGCAGCAUCAGCAAAAAUAACCAUCUAAAUAGAUCCCCGGAUACAUGGAGUUAGGAUGGAAAGGAUGCCACAAGGCUUACGGCUACUUCAUAGUUUGAACUCGGUCCAUUAAAUUUUUGACCGAUCUGAUUUUCCGUUUAUUUAUUUUAGUUCUUUUUGGGACUUCCUGUUAACUGAUAGAUACUUUUAUAUGUGACACACAUGCCUGUAUUAGUAGUUUGUUGCAAAUUUGUAUGCUUUUGUAUCGGGAUAUCUUAUCUGAUGCACUUUCUUUCUACAUUUA